AUGAACCAGGAAAAGUUUGAUGGAACUAGGAGGAUAAUAAAUGGUCCACGUCCUUGUCCAUUGAAGAUAAAGGAAUCGCAUGCCAUACGGAAACCUUCGAAUUCUUCAACAGUUCAAGUCAUGGCUCGGCCGCUAAAGAAACAAAAUGGUCCGGUGAUAAUAUACACUGAAUCGCCCAAGAUUAUUCACACGGAGGCUCGGGAUUUCAUGGCUCUGGUGCAGAAACUCACGGGUCAUUCAAGAUCGGAAAAUGAGAAUGAUGAGUCAUUUUCAGUUGAAAUUGAUAAGAAUAAAUCAUCCUCAUCAAGUUCUCCAAUUUAUAAAUUAUCUAAUCCGUACUUGGCUGACUUUCCUUUGUUCACGCAAAAUUCUACCAAUUUGUUCUGCGCAUUAUCUCUUACUCUCAUGGAUUUCUGA